GCAGUGAAGCCAGUCUGCAGGUUGAGAGGGACACCAGCAUUGCCUCAGUUUUCUAAGGAUGGUGACAUUAUAAUUGGAGGAAUUUUUUCAUUCCAUGACAAUAUUUUAACUGCUAAAAAUAUGUUUACAGCCAUGCCAGAAUCAUUUGUAUGCACAGGCAUAAAUUUCAAAGAAUAUCAGUUUGCACAAACUAUGAUCUUUGCAAUUGAACAGAUAAAUAACAGAUCAGAUAUACUGCCUGGUGUUUCUUUGGGAUAUAAAAUAUAUGAUGAUUGCAGCUCUGUAACUUUAGCCAUAAGGGCAGGUUUGGCUUUAAUGAAUGGAUAUGAUGAAGUAAUGUCUGAUAAUCCCUGCAAUAAGCCUCCAACUGUUGCUAUUAUUGGACACUCUGGCUCAUCUCUUAGUAUAGGUGUUGCUACAGUUAUUUCUUCUUUCCGCAUAUCUUUGGUAAGUUACUAUGCCACAUGUAUAUGCCUUAGCAACAGAAAUGAAUUUCCAACAUUUUUUAGGACAAUUCCAAGUGAUAAUUUUCAAAGCAGAGCACUGGCACAACUUGUCAAGCAUUUUGGAUGGACUUGGAUAGGUGCAGUUCGAAGUGACAAUGCCUAUGGCAACUCCGGUAUGGCUACAUUUUUGCAAGCAGUUCAAGAAGAAGGUGUCUGCAUUGAAUAUUCUGAGGCUAUAUAUAGAACAUACCCAAGGGAGAAACUGUUAAAAACAGUGGAAAUCAUUAAGCAUUCAACUUCAAGGGUCAUUGUAGCUUUCACUACUUUCAUUGAUUUGGAGUUCCUUAUAAAAGAAUUACUCCUUCAAAAUGUCACUGGCUUACAGUGGCUUGGAAGUGAGGGCUGGAUUGCUACUGAAAGUUUAGCUACGGAACAAUAUUAUAGAAUUCUGAAUGGAGCUAUUGGAUUUGCAAUAAGCAAUGCCGUAAUUCCUGAUCUGAAGGAAUUUUUGCUGGGUGUACGUCCUUCAAGCAGUGUCAAUAACAUUGGUUUAAAUGAGUUUUGGGAGGAUAUCUUUAGCUGCUCCAUAAAUAAGGCAACAAAAGAGAAAAUUCAAUGUACUGGAUUUGAAAAUCUGAAUUAUGUGAAUAACCAUUAUACUGAUGCAACAGAACUGAGAAUCACAAAUAAUGUGUAUAAAGCAAUGUAUGCAAUUGCCUAUUCUCUGCAUAAUGGUAUUACUUGUGAAAGUGGACAAGAAGCAUCUGAACAAAUGGCAUGUUUCAGUAAAUUGAAAGUCGAGCCAUGGCAGGUGUUGCACUUCAUGAAAAAGGUUAACUUCACAACCAAAAGUGGUGAAAGAGUCUACUUUGAUGAAAAUGGUGACCCAGCUGCAAGGUAUGAAAUAUUAAAUUGGCAGCUCAGUAACAAUGGAGCUGCCAAAUUUGUAACAGUGGGGAUUUAUGAUGCAUCACUGCCAGAUGGGAAACAGUUUUUAAUGAAUAACAGUGCCAUUGUUUGGACUGGUGGCCAAAACAAGUUGCUAAGAUCUGUAUGUAGUGAAAGCUGUAUACCGGGAACCCGUAAAGCUGUGCAGAAAGGGAAACCUGCUUGCUGCUUUGACUGCAUUCUAUGUGCUGAAGGAGAAAUAAGUAAUGUAACAGAUUCCAUCGAUUGCAUUAAAUGCCCUUUGGAGUACAACGCAAAUGACAGAAGAGAUCGCUGCAUUUUAAAGACUAUUGAAUUUUUAUCGUAUGGAGAAAUAAUGGGUGUGGUGCUGAUAGUAUGCUCAUUGCUUGGCGCCUUUGCUACCAUUUCCAUCGCUGCAAUUUUCUUUUUACACCGAGACACCCCCAUUGUUAGAGCUAACAAUUCAGAAUUAAGUUUCUUGCUCUUAUUCUCCUUAGCACUGUGUUUUCUUUGCUCCCUCACUUUCAUUGGCCAGCCCUCUAACUGGUCCUGCAUGUUGCGGCACACUGCCUUUGGAAUCACGUUUGUUCUUUGUAUUUCAUGUGUUCUGGGGAAAACUAUAGUGGUUUUAAUGGCCUUUAGGGCUACUUUGCCUGGUAGCAAUAUUAUGAAAUGGUUUGGCCCAACACAGCAACGGUUCAGUGUUUGUACAUUCACUAUGAUACAGGUCUUAAUAUGUGCUGUGUGGUUAAUAACCUCACCACCUUUUCCUAAUAAAAAUAUGAAUUCUUUCAAGGAAAAAAUCAUUUUGGAAUGUGAUCUGGGAUUACCAGCAGCAUUUUAUGCAGUGCUUGGAUAUAUAGGGCUUUUAUCUGUCCUUUGUUUUGUACUUUCCUUUCUUGCACGCAAGCUUCCGGACAACUUCAAUGAAGCAAAAUUCAUUACUUUCAGUAUGCUGAUUUUUUGUGCAGUCUGGAUUACUUUCAUUCCAGCUUAUAUUAGUUCCCCAGGAAAGUAUACUGUUGCUGUUGAAAUAUUUGCUAUUUUAGCAUCUAGUUUUGGUUUACUAUUUUGUAUUUUUGCUCCAAAAUGUUAUGUAAUUCUAUUAAAACCUGAAAAAAACACCAAAAAGCAUUUGAUGGGAAAAAUGCCCUCAAAGUCACUUUGA